GGGAGCGAAGCAGAGUAGCCUGGCAGCAAAAACAUGGGACAAGCAAAGCACAAGUCAUAGCGCUCAAGUUUCCCUUCUCCUCCUACAGUAUUAUAUAUGCGCAUAGAUCCUAGCACUAACUGACCAGCAAUAUCUUAUUGGAAGGGAAAUUAUAAGAGAGCAGGAACGCACUGACAGGGAGGUAUGGUUCUGACACAUGUUCACGAGCUCGACGAGGCCGCCGCCGCCGUCUUCGCCUCAAGAUACGUGCAGGACCCGGUUCCAAGGUAUGAGCUAGGGGAGAGGUCGAUCUCCAAGGACGCGGCGUACCAGAUCAUCCACGACGAGCUGCUGCUGGAUAGCAGCCCGCGGCUGAACCUGGCGUCGUUCGUGACCACGUGGAUGGAGCCUGAGUGCGACAAGCUCAUGCUAGAGGCCAUCAACAAGAACUACGCCGACAUGGACGAGUACCCCGUCACCACCGAGCUCCAGAACCGGUGCGUGAACAUCAUAGCGCGGCUGUUCAAAGCGCCGGUGGGCGCCGGCGAGACUGCCGUCGGGGUCGGCACGGUCGGAUCCUCGGAGGCCAUCAUGCUCGCGGGGCUGGCCUUCAAGCGGUGCUGGCAGAACCGGCGGAAGGCGGCGGGGAAGCCCCACGACAAGCCCAACAUCGUCACGGGUGCCAACGUGCAGGUGUGCUGGGAGAAGUUCGCGCGGUACUUCGAGGUGGAGCUUAAGGAGGUGAAGCUGCGGGAAGGGUGCUACGUGAUGGACCCCGACGAGGCCGUGCAGAUGGUCGACGAGAACACCAUCUGCGUCGCUGCCAUCCUUGGCUCCACGCUCACCGGCGAGUUCGAGGACGUCAAGCGUCUCAACGACCUCCUCGCCGCCAAGAACAGGCGAACAGGGUGGGACACUCCGAUCCACGUGGACGCGGCGAGCGGCGGGUUCAUCGCGCCGUUCCUGUACCCGGAGCUGGAGUGGGACUUCCGGCUGCCGCUGGUGAAGAGCAUCAACGUCAGCGGGCACAAGUACGGCCUCGUCUACGCCGGCGUCGGCUGGGUGAUCUGGCGCAACAAGGAGGACCUGCCCGAGGACCUCAUCUUCCACAUCAACUACCUCGGCGCCGACCAGCCCACCUUCACGCUCAACUUCUCCAAAGGUUCUAGCCAAAUCAUCGCGCAAUAUUACCAGUUUCUUCGACUAGGCUUCGAGGGGUACCGCAACGUGAUGGAGAACUGCAUGGAGAGCGCGAGGACGCUGCGCGCGGGGUUCCAGCGGAUGGGCCGGUUCACCAUCAUCUCCAAGGAGCAAGGCGUGCCGCUGGUGGCGUUCACGUUCAGGGGCAAGGACACCUCGCUGGCGUACAAGCUGUCGGCCGGGCUGCGCCGGUUCGGGUGGAUCGUGCCGGCGUACACGAUGCCAGCGAACCUGGAGCACAUGACCGUGCUCCGCGUCGUGGUGCGGGAGGACUUCGGCCGGCAGCUGGUCGAGAGGUUCCUGUCCCACGUGCGGAUGGCGCUGGACGAGCUCGACGACGAGGCGAAGGGCGGGCCCGUGCCGAAGAUGAGGGUCACCAUCGAGUUGGGCCCUGCCCGGAGCGCCGGCGAGGAAGCGUCGGCCAGGGUCGUUAAGAGGGAGGACGUCGUGCCGGUGCAAAGGGCCGUGUCACUUGACGGUGGGAAGACCAAGGGCGUCUGCUAGGCCGGCCGGCUGUGAGAUCGAUGCGAUGAACAGAUCGACCUCUCAACUGUACUAAGUACGUACUGAAUAAAUCUUCGGAACAGGAGAUCAAAAGAGACUAGAUAAGACCCAUGGUGUCCGGCUUUGCACCAUUGAAUCUUUUCCAAGUUUGCACAUGCUUCUGAUCCGAUCGAGUGGUCACUCGGCACGGCUACCAGCCAAGGCACAUUCAUGUUCAGGCCCAGUGGCAGGCCGAGCAUGUUCUGCGAGUGGCUGCAAGCCACCCAGCGUCGCAUUGCUUUU